CACUCACUCACUCACUCCUCACCCUCCUCCCUCUCUCUGUCACUCACCCCUCCCUCACACUUCAUCCAGUUCCUCUCCCUCCCACCAACCCCCCCCCCCCCUCCUCCAACCCUCCCUCCUCCUCCUUUUCCUUGCACCUUAUAUCUUCUAAUAUUUACAUUCUCCACUGUAUUCUCUGCAACUACACACACACACACACACACACACAACAACACACAACAACACAACACAACAUGAUGGCGGCAGCACCUAUCCAGCAGAACGGGACCCACACGGGGGUUCCGAUAGACCUGGAUCCCCCCGACUCGAGAAAGCGGCCGCUUGAAGCUCCCCCUGAAGCAGGCAACACCAAGCGAACCAACACCGGCGAAGACGGCCAAUAUUUUUUAAAAGUCCUUAUACCUAGCUAUGCUGCCGGAUCUAUCAUUGGAAAGGGAGGACAGACCAUUGUCCAACUGCAAAAAGAGACCGGUGCCACGAUCAAACUGUCCAAGUCCAAAGAUUUCUAUCCAGGAACGACGGAGCGGGUAUGUCUGAUCCAGGGAACAGUGGAAGCUCUCAAUGCAGUGCACAGCUUCAUUGCGGAGAAAAUCCGGGAAAUGCCUCAGAAUGUGGCAAAGACAGAACCAGUUAGUAUUCUGCAGCCUCAGACCACAGUGAACCCCGAUCGCAUUAAACAAACAUUGCCAUCUUCCCCAACUACCACCAAGUCCUCUCCAUCUGACCCCAUGACCACCACCAGAGCCAACCAGGUAAAGAUAAUUGUCCCUAACAGCACCGCAGGGCUGAUAAUUGGGAAGGGAGGUGCAACAGUGAAGGCAGUCAUGGAGCAGUCAGGAGCUUGGGUACAACUCUCUCAAAAACCAGAUGGGAUAAACUUGCAAGAGAGAGUGGUGACGGUGAGUGGGGAACCCGAACAGAACCGCAAGGCCGUCGAACUUAUCAUCCAGAAAAUCCAAGAGGACCCGCAGAGCGGCAGCUGUCUUAACAUCAGCUAUGCCAAUGUCACCGGUCCAGUGGCCAACUCCAACCCAACCGGAUCCCCUUACGCCAACACAGCUGAGGUGUUGCCAACUGCUGCGGCUGCCGCAGGGCUGUUAGGACACGCUAACCUUGCUGGGGUCGCUGCCUUCCCAACGGUGUUAUCCGGCUUCACGGGAAACGACCUGGUGGCCAUCACCUCUGCACUCAACACUUUAGCCAGCUAUGGAUACAACCUGAACACACUUGGUUUGGGUUUGAGUCAAGCUGCGGCCACGGGUGCAUUGGCGGCGGCAGCAGCCAGUGCUAACCCAGCGGCGGCUGCUGCAGCUAACCUGCUGGCUACCUAUGCAAGCGAAGCCUCGGGCGGCGGCAGCCCUCUCGGUGGGACAGCGGGGACCUUUGCCCUAGGUAGCCUCGCCGCCGCCACGGGCGCCACAAACGGCUACUUCGGCGCUGCUUCUCCGCUGGCGGCCAGCGCCAUCCUGGGCUCGGAGAAGUCGACAGACGGAUCAAAGGACGUGGUGGAAAUAGCCGUCCCAGAAAACCUCGUCGGUGCAAUAUUGGGGAAAGGCGGGAAGACGUUAGUCGAAUAUCAGGAAUUGACUGGUGCAAGGAUACAGAUCUCCAAAAAGGGGGAGUUUGUGCCUGGCACAAGAAAUCGGAAGGUGACCAUUACGGGAACGCCCGCUGCUACCCAAGCUGCUCAGUAUUUAAUAACACAGAGGAUCACUUACGAGCAAGGCGUGCGGGCAGCCAACCCACAGAAAAUCGGGUGAUUUUCAGGCCCUUUACAAUAUUCUCUUUUACCCCCCUCCCCACCCCCUCUCUCCCUCCCUCUACCCCCUUUUCAAACGAGAAAGGAUGUACUGUACUUUGCAGAAGUGACGUUUUUUUCUGUAUUAAUAUAUUAUAUGCAAAAGAAUGCGACUAUGUUGAAGAUGUGUAUAUGUAAAUAGUAUAUGUUUUACCAGAUGUUUCAUAGAAAGUAAUUUUUUCUCAAUCUGUUUUGGUUCCCUAUACUUUGCUUGUGUAUAUUUGUCGAGAGUGUUUCUAGUGUCAGGAGAUCUUAGCCUGCCAUUGUACCAGCAUUAUCGUAGUUAAUGACUGAAUGUAGAUAGCGAUACACGUGUAGUUCUCGGUAUUAGUUCAAACUAAAAGAAGCAGAUAAACGCUACAUGUACUACUGUUAGGUCGGGGUAUGGUAGGGUCAGCGACCUAAAAUGGAGUGAGGCCAAAGCACUGUCCUGAUCGUCUUACUUCCUGCUUAGGGUAUAUUAAAGUAGGAAAUAAAAUAUUUUGGAAAUAAUUUUUAAAAUACAAAAAAAAAAAUCAAAAAGCAAUAUAGUUGCAAAGCACUGUAUAAAAUAUAAAAAAGGUUAAAACUGUGGAAGAUUAUAUUGGUAAGUUUACAAAAUUGCACCUUUUCUCCAUCUGAAAUAGAAUAUGGAAAUAAUGCUGAAAGCUGGCCAUGGUCCAUCCUUUGCCAUUUGUCGGACGUUCAACAGAAGUGCACAGCCCAGAUACUUCCCGUCUGCUGAAGUUUGUAUCUUUGUUUUAAAGUACUACAAAAAAUCGCUACUGAUCCCAUUUGCCUGGCCAGUAGAACAGUCAUUACACCAUUGACAUCUUCACUGUCAAAGACAUACUGUGGUUUAUACAGUGUAUUGGAGAUUUUAUAAACAGAGAAGUGAAAAGUGCCAAUAGAAUACUGACAACAGAUGAUUUUUUCUCUAUCAAUUGCAACUGCUUGAUUCAGUAUGUUGCAUUUUAAGAGUUUAAGAUUGUGUGUAUACUUUGUUAACACUAGAAACGUAUUAGUGUUGUGAAUGUAGAUUUUACUGUGAACCUAUGUGAUUUUAGCUGUUUGCUCCAAUGAUGGAGUUUACGCAGCAUGGCGCUAGCAGCCAAUGCAGUUUAUACAACUCAGUAAUUUGCAUGUUUUGUGGAGCAGUUUUGUCAUCAACCAGACAGUAUUUUUCCUGCAUGCUUAUGUAGAAGAGGCAGUUAAUCUCAAGAGGUAUCGCGGUCUCCCUUCACCGGGCUUUGUGACAGGUAAUUUCCGAAUGAGCCUUUGUUCCCAAGCAGCCGCCAACCAUUCUUCUUCUGUACCUCUCCUGAGUGCCAACUGCCCAGGUCAUUGACUUGCCAUCUCUGUUAACCUCUGAGUUUGCCCACUCAGGGCCACUCAUAGGGGCAUCCAUAUCAAGCACUUCCUCCAUGCUGUGCAUGCAGUCUUAAAUUCAAUGGACAAAAUGCUGGCUACCUCUGGAUCAUCUGGCUGAGCAAUUGAAAUUCACAGAGAAUUACUUCCCAUCUCAACUUCAAAUCAUUGAUUCCGUCCAUCUUGCUAAGCUCUAUGGCUAUAUCCCAGCUGCUCCUUUCAAUGCAACUAAUCAGAGAACAAUGAGUGUGAUGCUCCACGUCUGAAUUUCGUCAGCCUCUCUCAGAACCGUGAUCUUUGUCCUCAUGAACUUUCCCUUUUGUUCAUUGAACUAUAUGGACUCUUCAUUUCAUAUUGAUUUACUGUGCAAUUUACUUUUGGACAUCGAGAACUUGAAAUAAUCCCCUGAUCCCUUUUCCACUCACUAUUAAUAAUCCAUUUCUGUCAAAAUGUAAGAGUAGAUUCAUUUUUUUUCAGUUUUUUAACAUUGGAUUGUUAACAUCAUUUAGAAUUCUCUCUAAAUACUUAUUUAGAGAAUGACAAAAAAAAGGGAAUGAAAAUGCUUGUUUUCAACGAAAGAGAAAGCUGUAGUAAAUUGUGUUACUUGGUAAUGAAUAUUUAUCGUCGAUAUUCUGUAGCUGUGUAAGUUUGACAAGUAGUGUAUCUCGUGAAAUCAGUGGUUAGCUUUGCCGCUAUUAUAUUUACUCAUUUUAUCAUUAUAAAUGUGCUUAGUUCAUCAUGUAG